AUGUUAGCUCUCCACUUAGCCUGCCUGUACUGGGCUCUCCAGUCUGGGAGUCUGGGCAGCAUCAUGUUAGCUCUCCACUUAGCCUGGACUGGGAGUCUGGGCAGCAUCAUGUUAGCUCUCCACUUAGCCUUAUUAAUAGCUGUGUAUAACCUCUCCUCUCUGCAGGAUGGAGACAUCCUAGCUUCUAGAUUUCCCGUGGACACCCAGGUGGCUUACAUCCUGAGUCUGGGGGUGGUGAAGGAGUUCAGGAAACAUGGAAUAGGCUCCUUGCUGCUGGACAGUCUGAAGGAACACAUCUCCACCACGGCCCAGGACCACUGCAAGGCCAUCUACCUCCACGUGCUGACAACCAACACCACGGCUAUACACUUCUACCACAACAGAGACUUCACGCAGCAUCACUACCUACCUUACUACUACUCCAUACGAGGGGUGCUGAAAGAUGGGUUCACAUACGUACUGUACAUCAACGGAGGGCAUCCGCCCUGGACACUCUUUGACUACAUCCAACACAUUGGCUCGGCCCUGGCCAGCCUCAGUCCCUGCUCGAUCCCCCAGAGACUCUACAGACAGGCCCAGUCUCUGCUCCGCAGCCUGAUCCCCUGGUCCGGCAUCGCAUCCAAGACUGGGAUCCAGUACAGCAGGACCAUGUGACAGUACAGAGCCCUCUGACCUCAUCUGACCCACCACCACUCGGAACCCUGGAAAGACUGAGGGCUGAGACCCCCCAAACACCAACCAAGACACCCAGCCACUAAGCCCAGACCCUACAAACCAAGCCAACCAGUCCACUAAACCAAGCCACCCAGCCCACCACACCAAGCCACCCAGCCCACCACACCAAGCCACCCAGCCCACCAAACCAAGCCACCCAGCCCACUAAACCAAGCCGCCCAGCCCACCAAACCAAGCCGCCCACCAAACCAAGCCGCCCAGCCCACCAAACCAAGCCGCCCAGCCCACCAAACCAAGCCACCCAGCCCACUUAAACCAAGCCACCCAGCCCACCACACCAAGCCAACCAGCCCACCAAACCAAGCCACCCAGCCCACUUAAACCAAGCCACCCAGCCCACCACACCAAGCCAACCAGCCCAACAAACCAAGCCUCCCAGCAAGCUACGCACCAAGCUUCUCGUCUCUCCCUAGCUGUCCUAUCCUGUCCUACAGCUCAUAUAGAGACAAUGUAUUAUAACUGUACAUUACAUAUAUCCUCUAAUAUAUAAAUACAUAUAUACUGUAUAUAUAUAUAUACCCUGUCUGUAGCUGCCCUCCACUCUACUGUCUGAGCCAGUGGUGUAGUGGAGGGUCAACACAUGUAGACGCAUUCACCUUCUCUUUACUAUCUGGGGAAAUGAAUUGAAAUAUAGGGCUUGAAUGUUACCUUUUUCACUGGAAUGGUGUGGACUGGGUUACGAUUCAGUAGGAUUGGGAUCAACUCUGGUUUCAACUGGACUGGGGUUACGAUUCAGUAGGAUUGGGAUCAACUCUGGUUUCAACUGGACUGGGGUUACGAUUCAGUAGGAUUGGGAUCAACUCUGGUUUCAACUGGACCCGGGUUACGAUUCAGUAGGAUUGGGAUCAACUCUGGGUUCAACUGGACCCAGGUGAGAUUCAGUAGGUUUGGGAUCAACUCUGGUUUCAACUGGACCCGGGUUACGAUUCAGUAGGAUUGGGAUCAACUCUGGUUUCAACUGGAUUAGGUUACGAUUCAGUAGGAUUGGGUUAAACUCUGGGUUCAACUGGACCGGGGUUAUGAUUCAGUAGGAUUGGGAUCAACUCUGGUUUCAACUGGACUGAGUUACGAUUCAGUAGGAUUGGGAUCAACUCUGGUUUCAACUGGACUGGGUUACGAUUCAGUAGGAUUGGGAUCAACUCUGGUUUCAACUGGACUGAGUUACGAUUCAGUAGGAUUGGGAUCAACUCUGGUUUCAACUGGACUGAGUUACGAUUCAGUAGAAUUGGGAUCAACUCUGGUUUCAACUGGACCCGGGUUACGAUUCAGUAGGAUUGGGAUCAACUCUGGGUUCAACUGGACCCAGGUGAGAUUCAGUAGGUUUGGGAUCAACUCUGGUUUCAACUGGACCCGGGUUACGAUUCAGUAGGAUUGGGAUCAACUCUGGUUUCAACUGGACUGGGUUACGAUUCAGUAGGAUUGGGUUCAACUCUGGGUUCAACUGGACCGGGGUUAUGAUUCAGUAGGAUUGGGAUCAACUCUGGUUUCAACUGGACUGAGUUACGAUUCAGUAGGAUUGGGAUCAACUCUGGUUUCAACUGGACUGGGUUACGAUUCAGUAGGAUUGGGUUCAACUCUGGGUUCAACUGGACCGGGGUUAUGAUUCAGUAGGCUUGGGGUCAACUCUGUUUUCAGUUCAGACAAUUUGAAAUGAUACUUGUCAAUAGUCAGAAACCACAUAGAAAAAUAAUUUGUUAUUUCAAUAGAAUCAUUGAAAUCCUGAAUCCUGAGUUGAGGUCAGCACUCACAUGUUCACACAGAUCUUCCAUUGACAUCAACAUAUGAUCUACACAGAGGUCUACUUUAAGUGUGCACAGAGAUCUCAAGGACUAGGAUUCCUCCCAGACUGACUUUCGGUUCACUUUGGGUCCGAUUCAGAUUUGAGAUAAGUAGACUUACAGUAAAUCAUUUGUUUUUGUUUUACUGAAGUCCACGUUUAGUAAAACUCAAGUCUGAAUUGUGCCCUUCCUGACCUAAUUUUGACCUGAAAUGGGUUUUGAUCCGAAACCCUGCUGUCUGUCUGUCCCCUUCAGGGCUGUCUGUCAUCCUGCUGCUCACGUAGACAACCAGACAGUCUGGUUUUAAUCCAGAUGUUUAACAUAGCUGACAUUAGAUUUGUAUGUCUGCCUGUUUGUAUUAAGAGAUUAAAAAAUAUAACAUGGUAGAAGUUGCUCUCUCUGUGAGAUUCCCCCAAUAACCCAAAUAUAUAUGUGUGGGUGUGUCUAGUCAAAUGUAAUGCACUAUAUAGGGAAUAGGGUGCUAUUUGGGACUCGGCCAAGGUGUAGUUAAGACCGUUUCUAGAUAAUGUUUUAAAGAGGAGCACUGUGUGUUCAGGGUUACAGAAGUCCUCUAUCUUUCCCAACACUCCCAAAGUUUUACAGAAGUCCUCUAUCUUUCCCAACACUCCCAAAGUUUUACAGAAGUCCUCUAUCUUUCCCAACACUCCCAAAGUUUUACAGAAGUCCUCUAUCUUUCCCAACACUCCCAAAGUUUUACAGGAAUCCUCUAUCUUUCCCAACACUCCCAAAGUUUUACAGAAGUCCUCUAUCUUUCCCAACACUCCCAAAGUUUUACAGAAGUCCUCUAUCUUUCCCAACACUCCCAAAGUUUUACAGAAGUCCUCUAUCUUUCCCAACACUCUCAAAGUUUUACAGAAAUCCCGGUUGGACGAUUCCUGGAAUGGCGAUCGGAUAAGCAGGAAAUUCGGGAAUCGUCCAACUAGGAUUUGUUAAAUACCAUGGAACUUUGAGAAGGUUUACGGAGUUCUUUUGUUAAAUACCAUGGAACUUUGAGAAGGUUUACGGAGUUCUUUUGCUAAAUACCAUGGAACUUUGAGAAGGUUUACGGAGUUUGUGCAACGCUACUAGGUGUCUAGACAACAUCUUUAAACAGGAGGGUGUAUUGAGGUAAUACUGUAGUGUCGAUGGCACCGGGUAACUGACCAGUCUGAUUUUAGAAGAAACAACUCAGUCUGGACACAGAUCCAGUUAACUGACCAGUCUGAUUUUAGAAGGAACAACUCAGUCUGGACACAGAUUCAGUUAACUGACCAGUCUGAUUUUAGAAGGAACAACUCAGUCUGGACACAGAUCCAGUUAACUGACCAGUCUGAUUUUAGGAAGAAACGACUCAGUCUGGACACAGAUCCUAAAUUGAGAUGUAUUCUCAUCAAUAGCAGCAUUAGAGCCACAUUUUUAUAGUGCAAAAGCAAUGUGCAAAAAUGUACGGUUAAUAAUUGUUAUAAUCUGGAGGUUGGAUUUCAUUUAAAACUUUUUGUCAACAAUGUGUGUUUAUAAAGAGACGUCUGUUAAGGCAUCGCUCAGUUUACUGAACUCUAGUGAGGCAAUCGCGUAAAUGUUGAAGAAAAUUUUUCAAAUUAAAUCUCACUGCGAGAUUA